CGCCGGGACGGCGGGCAUCUCGGGGCACCGGGCAGAGGCGCGGUGCGCGAGGAGGGGCGCGGGCGGUCGCCGGCGGCAGCGCCAUGAACGCGGCAGUGGUGCGGCGGACGCAGGAGGCUCUGGGCAAAGUCAUCCGGAGGCCGCCGCUCACCGAGAAGCUGCUCAACAAGCCGCCGUUCCGCUACCUGCAUGACAUUAUCACCGAGGUGAUUAGGAUAACUGGCUUCAUGAAGGGCCUCUACACAGAUGUGGAGAUGAAGUCAGAUAACGUCAAGGAUAAAGACGCAAAAAUUAGCUUUCUACAGAAGGCCAUAGAUGUGGUCAUAAUGGUGUCAGGAGAACCCUUGGCAGCAAAACCGGCUAAAAUUGUGGCUGGGCAUGAACCGGAGAGAACCAAUGAGCUGCUUCAAUUGAUUGGCAAGUGCUGUCUCAACAAGCUCUCCAGUGAUGAGGCAGUGAAGAGAGUCUUAGCUGGGGAGAAGGGGGACUCGAGAGGACGGGCCUUACGGACCUCCAAAGCACAUGAGUCUGACAAUAAGAAUGUGAAGGAGGAAGAGUCCAGAACUUAUAAAGAGGAUAAAAGAAGCUCUGAGGUAAAGGAGAGGAGCACAAGUGCAGAGCACAAGCAGAAGGAGGAACUGAAGGACGAGAACAAGUCACGGGAGAGGGACAGGGAGAGGGACAAGGAGAAGCCAAAGGAGUCUGACAGAGACCGACACAAAGACGCCGACAAGGACAGAAACAGAGAGGGAGAGCGAGAGAAAGCCAGAGCUCGGGCCAGGCAGGACAGGGACAGGGGCAGCAAAGACCGGGACAGAGAGGCAGAGAGGGACAGGGACAGGAGGGGUGAGGGUGGGAAAGAAAAAGAGAGGCUGAAGGACCGAGACCGAGACAAGGGAAAAGACCGGGAACGGCGGAAAUCCAAGAACGGAGAACAUUCCCGGGAUCCUGACAGGGAGAAAAGCAGAGAUGCAGACAAACCAGAAAAAAAGUCAGCCAGCUCAGGAGAGGUGUCUAAAAAGUUGUCAGAUGGAUCUUUCAAAGAUGCCAAAGCAGAGAUGGAGGUUGAGAUUUCUGUGGGAACAUCCAGGACCUCGUUAUCGAAAGCAUCAAAACGGCGAUCUAAGAAUUGCCUGGAAGAUGAUAACCCAGCUAGUCUGUGGCGGGAGAGCGCUGAGCCAGAGCUGGCGGUAAAGCAGAAAGGCGACUCCCCCAGCGAUGCAGAAGGAGAAGCUGGACCUACUUGCCAAGAUAAGCCUGAGGUGUCAGAGAAUGCAGAAGUCCCCAGUGAGCUUUCCUCCAGUCUCAGAAGAAUACCUCGGCCUGGGAGUGCACGACCAGCACCUCCCAGGGUCAAACGACAAGAGAGCACCGAGACUUUGGUAGGAGACAGGUCAGGAAGUUGUAAAACUGUCUCCAAUGUGAUCAUCGACUCACAGAAUUCUGACAAUGAGGAUGAUGAGCAGUUUGUGGUGGAAGCUGCCCCUCAGCUGGCAGAAAUCUCAGAAAUUGAAAUGGUGCCAGCAGGGGACCUGGAGGAUGAGGAGAAGCACGGAGGGCUCGUGAAAAAGAUCUUGGAGACGAAGAAGGAUUAUGAGAAAUUACAGCAGUCUUCCAAGCCUGGUGAGAAGGAACGGUUACUCAUCUUUGAGUCAGCAUGGAAGAAGGAGAAGGACAUUGUUUCCAGGGAGAUAGAGAAGCUCCGCUCGUCCAUCCAGACCCUGUGUAAGAGUGCACUUCCCCUGGGAAAGAUCAUGGACUACAUCCAGGAGGACGUGGAUGCCAUGCAGAACGAGCUGCAGCUGUGGCACAGCGAAAACAGGCAGCAUGCUGAGGCCCUGAGCAAGGAACAGAGCAUCACGGACAGUGCAGUAGAGCCCCUGAAGGCCGAGCUGUCUGAGCUGGAGCAACAGAUCAGAGACCAGCAGGACAAGAUCUGUGCUGUGAAGGCCAACAUCCUGAAGAAUGAGGAGAAGAUCCAGAAAAUGGUGCAUAGUAUCAACCUGACAUCACGAAGGUGAACGGCCAGCCCUGUAGAGAUGGAACUGUCUUCCUCACUGUGGGAGAAGGCCCAGGAAACCGCCCCUCUGAGCCCAGCCUGCUGAGAAAAUGAACUGCUGAUACCCUGACCCAGCUAAGGUCAAGCUUUCGGUUUAGGCACUAAACUUAUUAAAAGUUUUCUUCCUUCUUCCAGCUGCAGUACUUGCUACUUAUAACUAGCCUCUAGCUCGCCUUUGUGGGAAGGAGGGCUUAUUGCUUUGUUUUUGACAAAAACGUUUUCUGCUGCAGCCUGUUUAACCCUGUACCCCAGUUUUCCAGCAGGUAAGUUGUGCCAUCCUACUAGAGAAACAUCAGGCCUUCAUUUCUGCUUUUGAGUCUCCCAGAAGGACUUCCUACUGGCACUGAGAAAGGACCACUGUGUACUCUUUGGUGGCUACUUUAUAAAUAGGAUGAGGCCUGAAAGGGUUAAAUUGUCCUUUUUGUUUCCACCUGGAAGGGCCAUUUCAGCCUGUAGUUUGUAAGAUGCCUGUCACCUGUGCGGGAUUGCUUCCCUCUUAUGAGGAAAGCAGACACGCUGCUUUCUGUAGUCUCCUCAUGGCCCUGCUGUCUGCAUUCUAGCCCUGGAAGCGCAUAUGCUGAAAAAGGGAAAUUCAGUCUGGCAUUUGAGGGCAUUGUGUGAUGGGAGGCCGUCAUGGGCUACCACCUCGGCCUUCCAGGUUACUCCCGAUGGAUAAGCAGUCCCUCGGGCUCCUUAAGAGGACCUUGAAAGCAUGAAGUGCUGGCAUAGUCCCUUUCCUCUGUAGGUGUGCUGUGAGAGUUGAGUGAGGAGAGACUGUAAAGAAGAAAGCACACGAAUUUACAGUUUGUGUUUGUUGUUCUUUUUUUAAAGAUCCAUUUUUUUAAGCAAAAAAAAUUUUUUUUGUUUAUGUUCAGUUUUUUUUUGUCUACAUAAAAUACUGUAAAUAUUUAUUAACGUCUUGAAUUAUUGUAUAGAGGAUGUCACUGUGUUUGGAGAUGUUCGUACUGGCUUGAGGUCUGAAAUGGUCCUUAUGUUUCAGAGUAUUUAUUAUGCACACUAAGGCGAGCCCUGGUAACUGUGAAGAUGGCCUGAGCAAGUGUUUGCUCACUGAAGGCUUAGCACAUGUGGCACGGCUAGUGUUGCUCAGUCAGUUGAAGCAGGGCCCCGUUCUCAGCUGGGGCCUGGACAGUGUGGAGACCCCCCGCUGCUUGGUCUCACCACAUCACCCAGCUAACCAGGCGCUUCUGUAGCGCAAGGGGGGGGGGAGGCUGCUUGUCAGAUAGUCUUUUGUAUGUUCGUAAUCUCUUUCUACUGUUAAAUGACUUAGCCAUAACCCUAGGUGAACCCAUAUAUACCAAGGUAAGAUAUAUUUAUAUAUACAUAUAUAUAUACAUAUAUGUAUAGAGAAACCAUUUUAUGAAUUUGUAUAUAUGAAUAGAAUUUUUAUGUUGAGAAAAUUACAUUGUGAGUAAAUUUUUAUAUGCUAUAGUGUA